GGGGCCCGCGUAAAUUUGAAAUGGCUGACGGGUCGCCGGCUGGUGGCUGGCUGGGGUCCGAGGCGAUGGCGCCGGAGCCCAAGCGCACCAGCUGGGCUGCCGAGGAGGAGCUGGCGUCCCUAGAGAAAGUUUUGUUCCAAGAUGAAGAUUCCUGCAGUGACUGUAGCAAUCAGGAUACGCCAGGUUCUAGUUUACAAAGUUUUGUGCCAGAAGGAAAAACUCAUUUCCCAGAAAUGUUCCAAACAAGUCAACUUUUGUUCUAUGAACGAUUCAAAGCCUACCAGGAUUACAUUUUAGCGGACUGCAAGGCCUCUGAGGUAAGAGAAUUCACAGCUGAGUUCUUGGAGAAGGUCCUUGAACCAUCUGGAUGGCGGGCAGUCUGGCACACUAAUGUGUUUGAGGUGCUGGUUGAGGUCACAGAUGUGGACUUUGCAGCCCUGAAGGCAGUGGUAAGGCUUGCUGACCCGUACCUCUGUGAAUCUCAAGUGAGCACUUUUACCUUGGAGUGUAUGAGAGAGCUCCUCAGUCUGAAGGAACAUCGAUUGCCUCUGCAGGAGCUGUGGGUGGUGUUUGAUCAUUCUGGAGUAUUUGACCAGACGGCACUUGCAAUUGAGCAUGUCAGGUUUUUCUACCAAAACAUAUGGAGGAAUUGGGACGAAGAAGAGGAGGACGAGUAUGAUUAUUUUGUCAGAUGUGUUGAACCUCGAUUGAGAUUGCAUUAUGACAUUCUUGAAGACCGAGUUCCUUCAGGACUUAUUGUUGAUUACCGCAAUCUGUUGUCUCAAUGUGAGGAGAGUUACAGGAAAUUUUUAAAUCUGAGAAGCUGUUUGUCAACUUGUAACUCUGAUUCUGAGCAGGAAAACAUCUCUAUGGUGGAAGGGUUAAAAUUGUAUUCAGAAAUUGAACAAUUGAAACAAAAGCUGAAACUCAUUGAGAAUCCUUUGUUGAGAUAUGUGUUUGGUUAUCAGAAGAAUUCUAAUAUCCAAGCAAAGGGCAUCCGUCCAGAUGGUCAGAAGGUCACCCAUGUAGUCUCCUCCACCAUGAUGACUGGUCUCCUGCAGUCCCUGCUCAGGGACAGGCUUUGUCAGGAGCCUUGUAAGGAAGAAGUAGAAAUUCAGUUUCACAGUGAUCCAUUGUCUGCUAUAAAUGCCUGCUAUGAAGGUGACACCAUUAUCAUUUGUCCUGGCCAUUAUGUGGUUAAUGGCACAUUCUCCAUUUCUGACUCCGUUGAAUUGGAAGGAUAUGGUCUACCAGAUGACAUUGUGAUAGAAAAGAGGGGCAAAGGAGACACUUUUGUGGAUUGUACGGGUGUGGAUAUUAAAAUUUCAAGCAUAAAAUUUGUUCAGCAUGAUGCUGUAGAAGGAAUCUUAAUUAUUCACCGUGGCAAGACUACAUUGGAAAACUGUGUACUGCAGUGUGAAACUACAGGGGUCACAGUACGAACAUCAGCAGAAUUCUUAAUGAAGAACUCAGACUUAUACGGGGCCAAGGGUGCUGGCAUAGAAAUAUAUCCUGGAAGUAAAUGCACCCUCAGUGACAAUGGGAUCCAUCACUGCAAGGAAGGUAUACUCAUUAAGGACUUCUUAGAUGAGCAUUAUGACAUUCCCAAAAUAUCCAUGGUGAAUAAUGUCAUACAUAAUAAUGAAGGUUAUGGUGUUGUCUUGGUGAAACCUACAAUUUUCUCUGACCUGCAAGAAAAUGCCCAAGAUGUAAAUGAAGAAAGUACAACACCUAAAAAUCAGACAAGUGGAGAGGCAGAUACAGCUGAAAGAGUGGAUCUAGAAGACCUGAUUCAAUGUGCAACUGGUAAAAUGGAGCUUUUUGCACGAUCCGACCUUUCUGAGCAAGUUGAAGGCAAUUUUGAAAUUGUUAAUGAACUAGUUGCUGCCUCCACACAAAAAGGCCAGAUAAAGAAGAAACGGUUGAGUGAACUGGGCAUCACACAAGCUGAUGACAACAUAAUGUCACAAGAGAUGUUUGUUUCAAUUCUGGGGAACCAGUUCAAGUGGAAUGGGAAAGGGAGUUUUGGCACAUUUCUUUUCUGACCACUGUGAUGUAAAUAGAUAGCAAAAUACUGGAUUUUGCACAUGCUGCCCCAAGAAUCACUGCUGCUGUCAUAGCUCUCUUCAUGUCUGUAUUUUAUAUUUGAUAUAUUCAACUGGGUUUGAGUGAAAUGUAGAUUUAUUUCUAUCUGCAGGUGUUGCACAUAAAACUCUCCAUUUUUAUAAGAAAGAUCAUAAAAACAUAAAACAGAAAAUUUUAGGAUAUUUCUUAUCUAGAAAGUCUUGCUUUUUCAAAUAUAGUUCUCUCCUGUAAAACCCAUUAGUAACUUUCUAGUGUAAAUACACUUUAAUUUAGCACUUCAAGGAGGAGGAAGAAAGGCAGAAUGCAGGGUGAGUGCACAAAAAUGCAAUAUGUGUCAAAUAUGCAGUGUUCUCAUAGUUGUCCUUUUAUCCCAGUUACAGUGAGUCUGAUUUUCAUGUUGUAUUUGCAUAAUACUUGUCUUAAAAUAAAAGCUUUUAUGAUUGGGAGGUUAUCUACCUAAUCAGACUUAUUAUUGAGAAUUUAAGUGGGAUGCAUUUUUAUGUUGAGCUAUGUAAUCAUCAAAGGAGUAAUGGAUAGCAUAGCAGGUUUGAAGCAGAAAUGAAAUGUGUUAUUCAAAGCUAAUGUGUAUGUAGAGCAUUUUCACUAUUGCUGAGUAUGAGUGAUUAAAAAGAAGGAGCUGCUUUUUCAUCAUAACAGUAUUCUGACCAAAUAUCUUACACAGUCAAAAUGGUUUUCUAUACAGCCUUUAUCAGUUCUGUGUUCUUGAUAUCAUAUUGUAAAACACAACUUUUAAAAAUAUAUUAAGAAAAUAUAUGUGACAUUAAUAUGCCUACUGAUUAAAAUUAUAA